AAUGCGCGUGCACGCUCCCACCACACGCUGGCACACUUUCGGCGCCUGCCGCCAUCGAUUAGUUGUGUUUCAUUGAUGUAAACUGCGUAAACUGAACGAACUGUACCAAGAAAAUAUCAUUUCAUUGUGUGUCACAGUGUAAAAGCUGAAAUGUUGUAGAUAACUAACAAGUACAAGUGCAGUCAGUGCCAGUGGUGAUUAUUUUGUAAUGCUUCGUAUUCACCUAAUUGAGUCGAUAACAUGAAACUAGGUUAUGUUGCGAUCGCGUACCGUAGGCAUAUGGCGCACCGACGACACCGACCCAAGUUGUUUCUUUGACAAAACGAACAAAUUUUAAUAAAUAAAACUAAAUUAGAAAAUGUUUAGCAUUUAUUGACGAAUUUGAAAAGGAAAUAACAAAAAUACCUAAAAUAAGUGAAUAUAAUGGACGAUAUGGAUGACGACGUUUUCGAAUCAAGUGCUUUGGCAGUGGAUGCAAAUUCACAACAACGACAUCCUUCACCCACUGGGUAUCGAGAUUAUAAACCACCUGAAGAGGUGCUACGCAUGUGUCAGACUGAUUACAUUGAUGAUACAGAACAAGUUGUUCAUAAGACAAUAUUGCUGGGCGAUAGUGGUGUGGGCAAAACCUCCCUGCUCGUCAAAUUCGACACGGGGAAAUUCUCAUCGGGGACUUUUUCGGCCACAGUUGGAAUUGGUUUUACGGUAAUGCUCUUGGGAGAUUCCGGCGUUGGAAAGACCUGUCUGCUGGUGAGGUUUCGCGACGGACUCUUUCUCUACGGCAAUUUCAUUUCCACCGUAGGCAUUGACUUCCGGAACAAGGUGGUCAAUGUGGAUCAAACGCGUGUAAAACUACAGAUCUGGGACACUGCCGGACAGGAGCGAUUUCGCAGUGUCACACAUGCGUACUAUCGAGAUGCACACGCUUUAUUGUUAUUGUACGAUGUGACGAACAAAACUAGUUACGACAACAUUCGAGCGUGGUUAGGUGAAAUCCGGGAAUAUGCUCAGGACGACGUUGUUAUAAUGCUCAUUGGUAACAAAGCCGACGCCGGGGUGGAUCGCGCCGUUCGUCGGGAGGAGGGAGAGCGCUUGGCGCGCGAAUAUAAUGUUGCUUUCAUGGAGACAUCGGCGAAAAGUGGACAGAAUGUUGAAUUGGCAUUUUUAGCAAUUGCAAGAGAAUUAAAAUUUCGACAAACAGGAGAACACGAUGAAAAUCGUUUCAGUGUACAAGAUUAUGUGCGUGCGCAAACAGCUAGCAACAAACCCGCACAACAAUGUCCUCCUGCAACACCAAUUGAACAAUAAAUAUUAGGUAAUUCCACUGACCGUUUCAAGAAAAUGAAUAUUGCUGAAUUUAAAACAAGGCUUCCUAAAAUUUGUUACAAACAAAUCAAAUACACAUUUAAAUUUAUAAAAACAAUAUGCUUUUAGUGUUCAUAUGUUAAUAAACAUUACGUAGGGUGAUAUCAUCAAAAUUAAUAUUCAUCAUGCUAGAAUCACCCUGUAUAUAUUAAUAUGAAAUAGAUACACUGAAAACAACAAUAUGUAACGUUGAUAAUAAUCAAUAACUGAUAAAAAUUUAUAUUGAAUUUACAAAUGUUCAGUAUUAAUACUAAAACCAAAACACACGAGCUACAAAAACGACUUUGGCAUAGAAUAGGAAAUGCUAACUCAAUGAAAUUUAGAGAGAUUUUUGUAGGCAGAGGGCACAGACUAUUUAUAAUUAAAAUUGAAUAUAUACAAGCCUAAUGCAUAUCACCAAGGAAUGACAUUUGAAAGGAUAUCAAUCAAUUAAAUCAAAACUGAUAUAAAAUUACAGCUAAAAAUAAGAGGCCAUAGACCAAAUAUAAAAUAAUGCUAAUAAAUUUUAAAAUUAGGGCCUAUUAUUCCAAAUUUAGUUUUUUGACUAGUCAACGUUUUAAAAAUUUUAAACAUUUUUUAUCAUUAGAAUUGGUUAUUAGUAUGGAAGAAGUGUCAAAUAGUAAUGGUAAUGGUAUCAUCUAAGUAAAGGAUAUAUAGAGUGUUGCACUUGAAUAAUUAAUGAAAAUACAAUAUUGUUGUUAAAUAUGCAAAGUUUAAAU